UACUUCAGAGCCAGAAUCGGAAACGCUACCAACACUAGAACCAGACUCUACCUUAUUGGUAGUAGAGCAAUUGAGACAACAAAUAGAAACCCAGAAUCAAUUUAUUCUGCAGCUUCAGCAAAGAGUAGAUAAGUUAGAAAAGAUUAAUCAGACCUUCCUCCACAUGUUUGAGCAGGAUGCACAAGCAGCUCAACAACGUUAUACCUUCCUUACUCAAGAA